AGUUUGUUAAAAAAUUCACCAUCCAAAAGUGAAAAGAAGCCACCAUGGCGGAAAUUAUUAUGGAUAAAGCAAGAUUAUCCAGAUGACCAUGUGGACGAUACUUUUUUAGAUGAAUUACAAAAAAAUGUCAACGUUAGGGCAUACGAUUAUUGGACUGUUGUUAUGGAAUCAACUGUGAUUUCACAACAUAUUAGCAGCAUCGUUAUAUUCAUUGCUGUUUUCAUAGAUCUUUUUUGGGGCAGACUAUCUGCACAAAAUUUAAUUAUAAACGGGACGGUACUGACUAUUAUUGGAUACAUAUUUUGGGAUAAGAGAUGGAAGACAGCCAAAGGUGCUGUUUUAUUUUUUGUGACACUUUUGGGAUUAUCUCCAAUCCUAAAGACACUAACAAAAGAUACUAGUAGUGAUACUAUUUGGGCAUUGACUGUGAUAUUAUUUCUUGCUAAUAUGUUAUUUCAUGAUUAUGGUUCUGAAAAUCGAACAAAUAUCAAGUUUCCGGGUUCUGUAUCAACAAAUGCUGCAAUUUUUGCAUCCGUAUUAUUGGCAUCACGAUUAGAAGUAAAUUCUCAUGUAUUUGGUUUGAUGUUAUUUGCUGUUGAAUGUGAAAUUCACGGGCCAUGGGAUGAGGCGAGGCCAAAACUUCAACAAACUAGAACAACACCUAACGAAUAA